CCACGAACAGAUUGACCAGAUAUUAAUUCAUCAGCAAAUGGAACUUCUUGAGAUUUUGACUGGCUUUGAAACACAAAACAAAUAUGAAAUCAAGAAUACACUGGGGCAAAGGGUGUACUUUGCAGCAGAGGACACUGACUGCUGUACCAGGAAUUGCUGUGGGCCAUCACGACCCUUCACCCUGCGGAUUAUAGACAACCUGGGCCACGAGGUGAUAACACUGCAGAGACCCCUCCGGUGUUCUUCAUGCUGCUUUCCCUGCUGCUUACAGGAGCUGGAAGUUCAGGCGCCUCCAGGAACACCAGUUGGUUACGUUGUCCAGAACUGGCACGCCUGCCUGCCAAAGUUUACCAUUCAAGAUGAGAAAAGAAUGGAUAUACUGAAAAUUACUGGCCCGUGUGUUGUCUGCAGCUGCUGUGAGGACGUUCAUUUUGAGGUGAAGUCUGUGGAUGAGACUUCUACUGUUGGGAGGAUUUCUAAGCAGUGGACCGGGUUUUUGAGAGAAGCCUUUACAGAUACAGAUAACUUUGGAAUCACAUUCCCAAUGGACCUUGAUGUAAAAAUGAAAGCUGUCAUGAUCGGUGCUUGCUUCCUUAUUGACUUCAUGUUUUUUGAGCAUAGUAACUAAUAGUGAACAAGAGUUUGGCAAUGGACUCUACAACUUUUAUAUAGAAGGAAGAAGAACAUAAAUCUCCCAACUUUCCAGUGGAUUGCAGAGCUCCAGGAAGAAUGUGAGAAACGUACAUCUUGUGCUUGCAGUUAUAUUUCUAUAAACUAAAAGCUUUAUGGUCUUUUUUUUUUUUUUUUGUAAUCUGAUGAAAUAAAUUGUAGUAUUCAAAUAAGAACCCUUUGUCUGUACAGAUGAAUACUGUAAUUUAUAGAAAUAUAUAGCUGCCUUUUUUCCCAAGAAAUUUGGAAUUGUAAAAUAACUACUUGUAGUUACUUUAAUUUCUAAAAAAGAGGACUACUUCUAUAUUCAAUAUUAAUAUCACCAAUGAGCCUAAUCAAGAGGUCCUGAUCUUUUCCU